AUGUUUACAAUUCCGCAAUUGAUGAAUAUAUUCUUUACCGGAGACGCGGGAACGGGAAAGAGUUAUGUGUUGCGGUUGAUCGUAACGGAACUCCGUUCUCGCUACGGAGCGGACAAAGUCUUUGUGACCGCCUCCACCGGAAUCGCUGCGUGCAACAUCGGCGGCACCACCCUUCAUUCCUUCGCCGGCAUCGGCAUCGGCGACGACAACGUGAACAAAUGCGUUCGGCGCAUCCUCCAAAACAAAAAAGCCAAAGAACGCUGGCAGAACUGCGAAGUGCUCAUCAUCGACGAGAUCUCCAUGCUGGACGGCCGUCUCUUCGACAAACUGGAGGCAGUUUCGCGUCGUAUCCGCGGGGACGACCGCUGUUUCGGGGGCAUCCAAGUGAUCGUGAGCGGGGAUUUCUUCCAGCUGCCGCCGGUGGGGCUGGGGAAGAACGGCGUGAUCUACUGCUUCGAGAGCGCGAGCUGGAACGCAGUGAUCCAGAAAAGCAUCGUCAUGCACCGCGUGUUUCGACAGAAAGACUCCGCGCUCCAGGCCCUUCUUCGCGACAUCCGCUACGUUUCCACGUUUCCACGAUUCUCUGAUGCACAGGGCCACGUGUCCGCGUCGUCUCGCUCGCUGCUGCAGCGCAUGGAGCGCUGCUCUCUCCCGCGGGGAGCGGUUCUUCCGACGAAACUGUUCGCGUUCAACGACGCGGUGGACGCGUACAACGCCGAGGCGCUGGCGCAGCUGCCCGCCGCCGACGCCGUCGAGUUCCGCGCGCGCGACGAGGGCGUGGACCUCUACUUGCGGCAGCUGCAGAAGAACUGCCAGGCCCCCGCGGUUCUGGUGCUGAAGCCGGGCGCGCAGGUGAUGCUGCUGAAAAACCUGGACGUGGAAACCGGACUCGUGAACGGAAGCCGAGGCGUCGUGGAAGCCUUCGUGGAAACCGGGGAAGACGACGGCGAAAUGAAUGGGGAAAUGAAUGGAGAAACCAAUGGGGAAACCAAUGGGGAAACGAAUGGAGAAACCAAUAGAGAAACAAACGGAGAAACAAACGGAGAAACAAACGGAGAAACAAACGGAGAAACAAACGGAGAAACGGGGGUUCGGCGGCGGUCUGUGCAUGCGCGGUCGCGGCGCAUCCCCGUGGUUCGUUUUUUCACGGGGAACGGUGAGAUCGUGCGGGCGAUCGGGGAGCGCGAGUUUUCGAUCGAACUCGGCGAGAAGAAAGUGGCGCAGCGCCUCCAGCUGCCGCUGAAACUGGCGUGGGGCAUCUCGAUCCACAAGUCGCAGGGCAUGACGAUCGAUCUAUUGGACGUCGAUCUCCGCGGGGUUUUCGAGGCGGGCAUGACUUAUGUCGCGCUUUCCCGCGGGGUUGCCGCCGACCGCAUGAAACUCCGAAACUUCGCGCUGCGCGGCGUCCGCGUCAAUAAAAAAGUCGUCGAGUUCUAUCGAAUGGCCGCCCAGGCGAAGCCGAUUCCCCCCCCGCCGAAACGAAACGCCCUCGCGCGGGAACGCGAAGAAGCCGCGGAUUCCCGCGGGGAGGAGGAGGUUUCGGAUUCCCGCGGGAUUCUGCCGUGCAGCCCGGCGCUGCGGAAACCGUUCGCUCCCCCGGGGAAACGGAGAAAAGGGGAAGAAACCGCGGAUCUGGAGGGGUGGGAGGCGCUCUACGCGCGGCCGUUCGAGAAAACCGCGGAAGUGAAGCCGCGGAACCGAAUCCACGAAGAAAUGCUGCGGCAAGCGGAGGCGGCGAAGGACCGCGAAAAGGCGCAGCUCCCCGCGGAAAACGUGCAGAACGCGCUGCUGUUCAAGCGGAUGAUGGCGAGGCGGCAGCUGCUGGGCGGGCUGCUGUGA